CAGCUGGGGGGGGAUUGGUUGAUUCGGAACGAGGCUAGAGACGCAGUCCCGGCGUGUUUCCUGUGGUGAUUUCGUUUUGGGGACGUAGUAACUAUGGCAAAGCAUCAUCCCGAUCUGAUUUUCUGCAGGAAGCAGGCCGGUGUGGCUAUAGGAAGACUAUGUGAAAAAUGUGACGGAAAGUGUGUCAUCUGUGAUUCUUACGUACGGCCUUGUACGCUGGUUCGGAUCUGUGAUGAGUGUAACUACGGUUCUUACCAGGGGCGUUGUGUCAUCUGCGGAGGCCCCGGAGUGUCGGACGCUUACUAUUGUAAGGAGUGCACCAUUCAAGAGAAAGAUAGAGAUGGUUGCCCCAAAAUUGUAAACUUGGGCAGUUCCAAAACAGAUCUUUUUUAUGAGAGAAAGAAGUACGGUUUUAAGAAGAGGUAGUCCAACAUCUGGAUCACAGAAGACAGUGAUUUUGUUGGGGACUGUGAAUGGCUGUUUUGUUUUAUUUUUCAAUAAAUUGUGUUUCUA